GAAGUCAAUAUGUCCGCCAAGCUCCCCUCUGUCCUCAACGCUACCGAAGACGAUGUCUCGAAGCUGCUCGCAGCUGGCACCCACAUCGGCGCCAAGAACGUCGAGAAGGCUAUGAUCCCCUACGUCUACAAGCGCCGUGCUGAUGGAAUUCACCUCCUCAACCUCGGCAAGACUUGGGAGAAGCUCAUCUUCGCCGCCCGCAUCAUUGCCGCCAUCGAGAACCCCGCUGAUGUUGUAGUCAUCUCUGGCCGCACCUUCGGCCACCGUGCCGUCCUCAAGUUCGCUGCCAAUACCGGUGCUACUGCCAUUGCUGGUCGCUUCACCCCUGGCUCCUUCACCAACUACAUCACGCGUUCGUUCAAGGAGCCCCGCGUCAUCGUCGUCACCGACCCCCGUGUCGACCACCAGGCCAUCCGCGAGGCCUCGUACGUCAACAUCCCCGUCAUUGCCCUCUGCGAUUCUGACGCUCCCCUCAAGCACGUUGACGUCGCCAUCCCCGGCAACAACAAGAGCGUCAAGUCCAUCGGUCUCCUCUGGUGGCUCCUCUGCCGUCAGGUCCUCCGCCUGCGCGGUCAGGCCGCCUACGGCCCCGAGGGCUGGGGUGUCAUGCCCGACAUGUUCUUCUACCGUGACCCCGAAGAGGUCGAGCGCGAGCAGCAGGAGGCCAUUGCCGCCAAGGCUGCCGCUGCUGCUGGUGUCGCCGGCCAGGAGGGUGGCGCUACCACCGAGGCCCAGGACAACCUCGACUACGACCCCCAGGCUGCUGGUACUCUCAACCCGGCCAUGGCUGCCAACAUCCCCACGGAGAACGUCGACUGGGCUGCGGACGACAACGUCCAGAGCUGGGCCGCCGACGCUGGACCUCAGGCCGAGGCUGGCGCCCCCGCUGAGGGUGUUUCGGGCAACGCUCAGCAGCCCAGCUCCAGCUGGGACUAAGCGUGUAUGCGCGGCAUUAGCGUGCGCGUAGGGCAUCUCUAGGGAGAUUGCUGGUCAUUUCUUGUGCUUCUCUUUUUCAUUCGUUCGUCGUCUAGACGUGCUGCCCGUUCGGCUUCCGCUUCCCCAACUUGGUAAGACGGGACGACCUUGCGGUUCGUUCUCGCCUCCAUGCGUCGCGGUUGAAUGCUCGACCAACCCCCACGAGCAUGCGCUGUAGCCAUUCCAGUCUAUCUUCCCCUCCGAAGUGC